CGUUAAACAUCCAAACUUUAAUCCUAAAGAUUCUCUUUCACAUGUAAAAUAAAACCUUUUUUUUUACUGCUUUUUCCUCCCAUAGCCACCCGACAACGGCCUCUCCUUAGCAAAUGUCCACCGGUUCUCCGCCCCCGGAAGAAUCAACCUCCGCCGCCAGCGGCGGCGAAGACAAGCCAGAGGGCGGCCAUCGCUCCGGCGGCGGCCCCCGGCGUCCCCACAUUUCGUGGUCCGAUUCCUACACCAAGGCCCACGCCGCCAUCCAAGCCCUCGCGUCCAUCGUCUCCGACGUCCCGGCCUCCCUCUCGUCGUCGGAGACCCCGGCGUUCUCCCUCCUCCACGACCCCGACAUCGCCGCCCAAAUCUCCGAGCUCCUCCGGCGGCCGGACUCCAGCGCCGGAGACAACCACCUCUGCCGGUGGCUCUACGACACGUUCCACUCCUCCGGCGAGCCGGACCUCCGCCUCGUCGUCCUCCGCUUCCUCCCCGUCAUCGCCGGGGUCUACCUCUCCCGCGCCGCCGCCCUCCACAAGCCCCUCGCCGGCUUCGAGGCCAUCCUCCUGGCCCUAUACGACCACGAAACCGGGGCCCGCAACGGCCACGCGGUGACCGUCACGAUCCCGGACCUCUCCCACUCCAGCAUCUACCACGAGACCAAACAGGCCCCGAAGAGCUGCGCCACGGAGCUGGCCCUGGCGGUCAUUUCGCCGAGCCUAGAGCCCUGCCGCAGCGUCCGGUCCACGAAGCGGGCCAGGAUCGUGGGGACCGCCUUGGAGUUAUUCUACGGCAAAAUCUCACAAAUGCCCCUCCGGGCCAAGAUGGACUUUUGCGAGUUCUGUCAGUCCUUGGGAGGGGACGAGAGGAGGGUAAAUAUGUCAAGGGAAAUAUUGCAGCCGGCGUUGAGGAUAUUAGGGCACUGUCUGAUGGGGAAUGGGAAGGAGGGGGAGUUGGAGACGGCGGCGCGUGAGGCGUGUAGGCGCCUAUACAGCAGAGCCAUGCGUGACGUCAGCCCUAAGGAUAUUCUUGCCACCGGCAGCCUCCUUAAGCUUGCGUCAUCUUCGGCCGGUAAAAAUGAGGAAGGGAUGGUGGAUUACACUGAGAUCACAUUUACCAAUAAGAUCACUCUUUAGAAAUUUUGAUGUGAAAAGGUGAAAUUCAUUCAUUCCCGUAACAAAAUUCUUAGCAAUACACAGAAUUCAAAUUAUUUUCAAAAUGGCAUGAUAGUCAUCACUCCACUACGGCCUUAGCGCCUUACACAUCAUCAGUGAUAGAACGUGCCUCCUAGUAGAGUGAUGGCUCACGCUAUUUUGAAUUCAUUUCUCUCCUUUUUUUACUUCUAAUAAUCAUUCAAAAUUUAACACACUACCAUAAGACACUUAAUUAUUUUUAAUCGGUUCCCUUAUUUUUCAUUGGUUCCCUUAUUACACACCAUAAGACAUUUAUUUUAAAUUUAUCACUCCAUAUCAUAUUCAUUUACAGCCAUCAAACUUUCGUCAAGCCUCUCAUAACGCAUGGUCUUACCUCAUGUGUAUUAAAUUUUUGACGUCUUAGCUUACGUACAAAACUCAUAUUAAUCAAUUGGUUUUUACCUU